GUUGAUCAACGAGUUCAUUUUGGAAUCGUACAGGUUCAGCGAUCUGGGAAUAGCUGGCACGGGGACGAAGCAAACGCUUGCAAGCCAGCUUUGCAACCCGACAGAUGCACCAUACAAGAUACACCGGCUUGAUGUGGAUGCUCGUCUGCAGGACGAAAGUUUUCUGGAAGGCAGCUUACGUGAUGAAGUGUUGGUUCCGCCGUCUUCCGUGGCUGGCAUGGUCUUGGAGUAUAUUGUUGUCAGAAAUUGGCAGCCAUUGGUGACCGCCGGGCUGGGGGUCGUGAUUAACAGUGCGAUGGGCAACAUUGACUCGACUCACCGCGCGACAAUGCAGGUUUCCUUCAUCGUUCGGACCGUUUGUACGAUUCGAAACACUGACGUGCAUUUGGGGGUUCGUGCGAAUUUUCCCUUCCUGUUGGCCAAGUUGCCGGAGGUGUGGAGGUGGAACGAGACAUACUACAGGGACAAGUAUGAAAUGCAGUCCAUGCUGUACGAAGCUGUGCUGGAAGGUGCUGCGCAGGAGGCAGAGCAACGGCAGUUGCGAUUACUGGAGUGGGAUUCGCUGGACGUUGGAGGAGAGCUGAUGAUAUGGGUCUACGGCGUUGUGAUUUGCUGUGGCGCCGCUUUCGUUAUCUCACUGUUCAUGCUGAUGUUGAUUGCUUUGAAGAGUGGCAUUUCGUCACGCAGCUGCUGCCGUUGCAGGCACCUACCUGCUACCGAGCCAGCGCAGCUGCAAGGAGUUUGCGCGACGAGUGUCUUCGGACAACGCUUGGAAGACAUCUGCGUGGAAGUCGCGGCAGAAGACCUCAAGCCCAAGCCACAUCUGACGAAGUCCUUCUCGCAAAAUCUCAGCCCAAAGCAGGCAGCCUUGCCCGUCGGACAGCGGCAACACACUUCGUCUUAG